CGAACAGCAUUGUGGGAUAUCUAAAGUCAAGAUGGCGGCCUCCUUGCGAGUUGUUUCUCGACGACUGUUUGUCAGAAACAACCUCCGUGGCGUCGUGGCCCUCCACUUUUCGGCUCCAAAUUCUGCUUCUCCAGAUAAAGUGACUCACACUGGACAGCAAUGGGAACCAAGCGAUUACAGAAUGGCCCGCUUUAUAGACAGGCCAAAGGAGGUAAAUGAGAAGUUUGCAAUUGACCUGGUCGCAGAAGAACCACCAAUUGAGAUUCAUGGGCGUCAUGUAUGGUGUGAUGGAGGAGGAGGACCUCUUGGACAUCCUAAGGUGUACAUCAACUUGGACCAGGAAGGACCUCAUGCCUGUGGUUAUUGUGGAUUAAGAUAUGUCAUGGUUGCUGAUCAUCAUUGAAGAAAGACGAUGGACCUGCUGCUUAAUGUUACUGUUAAGUAACUUAGGGAACUUUGAAUGACAAUGUAAAUACAAAGAGCUGGGAGACUGUUACUGGAAAUCAGUUUAUAUUAUUUUGUCAAUUUCUAACUCAUGAAGACUUCUAUCCUCUUAUGAGAGGCAAAUUAAAUCAUUUUUUAAGGAAACAAUUUCACAGACUGAAGAAAUUUUGGAAGAGGGGUGCCAGAACAACUAAUAAAUGGUUUGAAAUCCA